AUGAAGGCCGGCGACGACGACGAGUACGAAGCGCAAGUCGAAGUCAUUGCGCCGCGGAGCCGCCACCGCUACUUCCGCCCCCAGGUCCCGCUCUACGAGGUCGUGAGCUAUGAUGGCCACUUUGAAGUGCGCGAGCGGCCACAGGCCAAUUUGGCGGCGGCGGCCAAGCCGCGGUCGUCGACGACGUCGGCGUCACCGUACAAGGCGGCCUCCAAGAAGCGCCCGCGCCCCCAGUCGUCGCACCGCGGCGUUCGCGCGGUGCUAGAUGAGCGGGCGAAGACAGCGCCGGCAAUGGCGAAGAGCCCACGGCAGUUGCAACCGCUGGCGCCAUCACCGCCCCAUCACGUAGAAGAGGUGCAACACCAGCAACGACCCGCCGAGGUUCUCGAUGCCCAGGUCGUCGUGCGCGAAGGCAUUCUGGCGAGUAUGGCCAAACUCUGCGCGCGCCCGCACCUCGCCACGUCACCGACGCGACUCAUUCAGCUCGUCCAGCUCUGCCAGCGGCUUCGACAACACACAAUGAACAUUGUGGCGCACCACAGCCCGUCAAUCGCGCCGUACCUGACCAAGAUGGCCACGGACACCAACUUUCUGCAGGGCGCGCCUGUCUUGCUGCAAGCGCUGGGCGUCGAGAGCCUCCUGUGCAACCCCCUGCUGUGUGCUGUCCCGCUCACGCAACCAGAGCUCGCAGCGUACGUGGUCUUUCGACGGCCGCGCGACCGCGACGCGCUUCUGCAGCGCCUGCGAGCGACCAACGAGGUCGACGAGAACCGGCUCCUCGAUGCGCUCGUUGUGCUCUCGACAGCGAUGGCUGCGGCACCGCCAACAUCCAUAGACGAUGACGUGCUCGACACCGCCCGCGCGCAACCAAGUAUGAAACUUGGACCGAAACCUGAGUUUGUUGCGGCCGAGCCAUGCGACGACGACGAAGACGACGACGACGGUCGACGUGAGCCAGAUAUGACGUACGACGACGCUGUGAGCGACGGUGAAGAGCUGCAAAGUGCCGACGAGGACGACGGCGCGACCUUUGGCACCGUGGCGUCGCUAUGCGACGCAAUGCAAGCCGACCUCAAAUCGCACUUUGGCGCGCAUUCCAACAUGUGGACGUUGGCACCCGAGCACGACCCCGUCAUCGAGCCGCACGUCGCUCGCCACGUAAACGAGCCGCACACCGUCGUCAAGCCUCGUGACCCACCGAGUCUCGAGUCGCCGGGUGCCUAUGUCUUGUGCGCGCUGCUGCUGCUGAUUGAGCGUCGUGACGCGGCCGCCGCGCAAGUGCAAGUCGUCUGGCAAAACUGCAUUCGACGGCGCCGCGCCGAGGCCGCGCGGACGCGGCGGCAUGCAGCCGCUCGAACCCUCCAGCGGUCACUGCGCUUGUUCUCUACGCUGAGUCGCCGCUGCUCGCACGAGGUGCUGGACUCUGCCGUGGGCUUCGUUUUGGCAGCUGAAUUAACGCGGCGAGAGGUCGCUUCGUGUCUUGAGGCCGCGGUUCACUCUGUGGAAGUGCAGCAAGAGGUGACGCGCUGCCUCGAAGCCUUGACGGCGGACGUCGAGACGUUCCACGAGACAACACGGUGCCUGGACGACAUCGUCGAAGACGCAGCGCGGCUGUUGGCGAUGCGUCACUACGCGUUGGCAGAGGCGGCGUCGCUGCAACAAUCGGAGCGCCGGCAAAUGGGCCGCGAAGACGCGACAGCAGCAAGCGAACGCAUCCGCGCGCACGUGACUUGCCUUCUGGCCGAGCUCCAAGGUCGCAUCGCGGCCCAGCAUGCAACUGCCAAGACCCUGGUUGACUCGACUCUAUCAGUGUCUGUGGUGGCCAUAGCCCAGCGGCGUUGCCUUUUGGCGGUGGCGUCUCAAAUGGCGCAAGACAGUGUCUGCGCGGCCACCCGCUGCAUGCUGGCGACGGCCCUCGUGACGCGUGCUGUGUCGACAUCCGUGCAACGCAUCGCGACCGCCACCGACGAAAUGCGAGCUGCCGCUCAGCGCCACGUUGCAAGAACGUUCGUGACGUCUUUGGUCGAGACGACCGUGCGCGGGCUCCAAGCUACCGCGCCGGUCGUCGAGCCAGCGCUGUCAGUACCGGUAGCACCGCCCUCUGCUAUUUUCUUGCGCACUGUACGCGACGUGGCGUUGGCGUUGACCGACCAAAGCGUUCAUGUCGGCGUCGUCCAGUCGUACACCAAGCGCACGACCGCCGCACUCACCCAUCGUCUGCUUCAAACGAGCUUUUCACGCGCGUCGACACUUCUGCAGUGGCGACGCCUCACGGCCGCCACGGCCACCAGCGUCGCCACGCGUGCGAUCGCGUCGCUCGUCGAGCUUGAGCGCAGGACGGUCAUUACGUAUAGCGUACACCGAACCGCCUCGGUGAGUGUCAAGGCUGCGUGCGCCUGCGUCUUUGGCAAACACGCGCGCCGACUCCAAAAGUGGUACCGCUACUGGCGCAACAUUCGACACUUGCGGCGAGUGGUCGCCCAUCUCGUGCACCACUGUACGAUGGACGCUCUCCGGCUGGUCGCCUCGCGUCAUAAAGCUGCGAGCGUUGUAUCGGCGGCUGUCUGUCGCUUUGCGACGUCGCAGCGGCGGUGGCGGGCGGCAUCGAGCAUUAGCGAAGCCUGGCGCCGUCAUCGACGUCGGUGCCUCGUACGACCCCCCGCCGUAUCGUUUGUCACUCGGUCGCUCUCGCAGGGUGUCGACACGAUGGCAGUACAAGCCGAGGCGGUGCGUGUCGUCGCCAAGUUGACGCGGCAAAUUGAGUGCAGCUGCCACGUCGCACAAGAAGUCACGGCGAACGCUCUCGUGCGCAGUGCUCUGCAGGCGACGGCGCGCAUGCGGUUGCAAGCAGCGUGGCGUAUGUACCAUCGUCGACGCCGGCGUGCGCACCUCCGCGCCCGCGUCGUCUCGUGGACGACCAUGGGGCUGGCUGCCGUUUACCAAAGCCGCACCGAGAGAACGCGCCGUCUGGCGGCGUUGCGACAGCGCCAGGCGGCGCGAGUACUCGCGCGCACGUGGCGGGGCUUCUGGCGGCGGCGAGCGGCGCAGCGCAUUCAACGGACGUUCAGGCGUCAUCACGUGCGAUGCAUCUACCGCCUCGAGUGUGCUUGUGCCUCAAGGCUUCAGACAUGGCUGCGACCGAUUCUGUACCGGCGCCGGUGCCAGCGGCGGCUCCAGCGGUCGGCGCGGCGCUUUAUCGCCAAGAAGAUUUGGUCGUCGGCCAAACUUCUUGCCGGCGACACGAGUACGUACUUUGCGCUCUGGCUCUACCGCGGGUCGGCGUGGGUCUCGUGCGUGUUGCAUCGAAAGCGAGGGCUUCUCGAGCUCAACAACGGCACGUCCACGUACCUCCGGCGACUCUACGCCGUCAAGCGCGACCACGACUUGGCGGCCCUCGACAUCACCAACCACCUCGUGGUCCGCGAGACGCCGCGAACGGUUGUGCUCGCGCUGCCGACGACCUUCAAUUUGCAAGCGCAGCUGCAGCGGUCGCAGAGCCUCUCGGUCCUCAAUCAAGGAAAAACCAAGCCACCCGCACGCUCCGUGCUCGACACCGCCGUCACUCUCAGCGUCGACGAUACACUCCAGAGCCUGCUCGACGGGCGGGACGUCAACGAACGCAACGCGCUUGGAGAGACGCCGCUGCACCUCGUGCUGACGCCAGCGCGCGGCUUGGACGACAAUGACGCGCGGGAUGCCAUGGUCGACUUUCUGCUCGAGCAGUCGGCGGACGUGGACGCGCGCGACUACGACGGCGUGACGCCGCUCAUGCGCGCAGCCGAGGCGGGGGACAUACGUGGCAUCGCGCGGCUGCUCGAGGCCGGUGCGUCGAUCCGAGCGGUCGACAACAAGGGCUACAACGCGCUGCACCGAGCAUGCGCCAAGAACCAAGUCGUUACAGUCGAGUUCUUGGCCCAUCGACCCGCGCUCACGACGGCGUCGUACGAGGGCAUGUUCCCGCUGCACAUGGCCGCGCUCCUCGGCCACGCGUCGAUCGCUGUCGUGCUCCAAAGCUCAGCGUCUAUCGACGUUCGCGACGGCGACGGGCGCACGCCACUGCAGCUGGCUGUGGCGGCGGGACAUGCGUCCCUGGCGGCGUGCCUCCUUGAAGGCGGCGCAGACCCCAACGCCCGCGACAACUUUGGACGCGUCGCAAUGCACUACGCGACCGACUCCUCCCAUGGGCUCGAAAUGGCGAGUCUACUGCGGUCGUGCAAGGCCAAUUUGAACGCUGGGGACGCCAGAGGCGAUACGCCCUUGCACUGGGCCGCGAUCGCCGGCAACCAAAAGAUUUUGCAGCACUUGCUCAACCUCGGCUGCGACACGUCACUCCACAACACAGACUGGCACACAGCGCUUGACGAGGCCACAGCGGCGGGGCAACGCGGCUGCGCAGAGCUUCUGCGUCGCGCGGCGCCGUCGACACGCGCACCCCGAGCCGCGUCCUCGUCUUACAUUCGCCUUCACGAGCUCAUGGACGAGAGCACAGACAUCUACAGUAUGUACCUCGCCUACGACGAGCCAUACUGCAAGUCUCCGGACGACACGGCCGACGAAGUUGCAGUAGCCAACGCACAAACCAAUGCUGUGGUUGAUGCUGAUGCAAGUGGUUUCGUGGUGCUGGACUCAACGAGCGUAAUUCCUGUCGAUGACGAGUCGGCGCAAGAGACAGCAGAGCACAGCAGCGUCCUCGCUCUGCACUCAGAAAUGCACGACGGCGCUGUGACGAGCUCCAAGGAAGCGGACUGUACAAGCGGUAGCGAAGCAACCAACGCCUCGGGGCCUGGCGUCUCGGGUCCGACCGAAAAUGCAGCAGAGAUGACACAUACGCCGACGACACUGGACGCCUGCGCGGUAGAAGACGACCCUUUGCUGGCUUGUACGAAUGUCGACGUCUCGGCCCUCGCCCCGGAAGCUAGCGCGAACCACGAUGUCUCGUCAUCGACAGAGCACGAAGCCGCAGAGACGUUGGCACCUGCGGAGGACACCACCGAGUACGACAUUCGCAUCGGCGCCAACGACGGACCCAUCACUGCACCGUUGCUUGAAGAAGCUGCGGCGUAUGCAAAUGAGAUGUCUUAUUCCGAGUACGCUACGCAUGACCCCGCUUACGAUUUCGCUUCCUUUGCUGCCCCUGACGCGGCUCCGUACGACGCCUCGCAGUACACUGGGUACGAAGCCUCCGAGUACGCACUCGACCCUGCUUCCCAAGAAGCCGCCUAUGACGCCUCGCAGUACGAUCCCUCCCAGUACGCGGGUUACGAAGCCUCCCAGUACGCUGCCUACGACACGUCGGUCUACGAUGCCUCCCAAUACGCUGCCUACGAUGGCUCGCAGUACUCUGCCUACGACUACUCGCAACCAGCUGACUACGACGCCACACAACCUACUCCCUACGAUGCGCCGUACGACGCAUUGCAUCCUGUCGAUGACGCUGCCUACGACGCUUCGCAGUACGACGCCUCGCAGUACACUGGCUACGACGUCUCCCAGUACGACGCUUCGCAGUAUGCUGGCUACGGCGCCUCCCAGUACGACGCCUCGCAGUAUGCUGGCUACGAAGCCUCCCAGUACGGCAGCUACGGCUACUACGAGAACAGCGCAACUGCCGGCGGUGCUUCGUUUGCUGAAAUCAACGACGAAGCAGCUCCGACCAGCUACACAGAGGACCGAACGUACGAGAUGGACGCUGUCAGCGACGCCUACGAGAUCUGCAUCGGAGACGACGAGGCCGCGGUCGACACGGACGACGACGACGACUACGGCACGGCCUUUCCCGCCGCCGAGGACAGUUUGUUCGACGAUAAGCCGCAUCUGUCGCGUGCGUCCUCGGUUGAACCCGACAAGGAGGCGAGUCCUCGUAUGCAGUGAGGUCCAAUUCAUACUCCUCGUCCCUAGUCCUGCUAAACUAAAAUGGAAGCAUUACCCAAC